AUGGCCCAGGAUGAGUUUGUGUGGAUUUUGGAUAGGGUGGAAGAUUUUGUGGUGAAAGCUUAUUAUGCAAAAGUGGUGGCUGAAACGGCUACGUCAGCUGCAGAGAUUGCCUCAAGACAAGCUAAUAAGGUGAUUUGGAAAGCAAGAAUGCCGUCGAAAGUUAAGAUCUUCUCUUGGAGAUUGCUAAAAGAUAGAUUACCAACGAGGCUACAAUUGCUUAAAAGAGACAUCAUCGUGGAUAAUGAAGAAUGUUUGUGUGUUUUCGGAUGCCCGAUCAAGGAAGAUGCAAAACACUUGUUUCUUCGAUGUGACAAAUUGAGAAGGGUGUGGGAAAAGAUUCAAAGCUGGUUAGAAAUCACAGUGACGGGUGGAGAUGAUUGCCGUAGUAACUAUAUGAAUUGGUUUGAAGCUUUACAUCAAAAAAUUCCCGCGAGGAGGGCUGGAGUGUUUUGGGCAGUUGUAUGUUGGUGCAUUUGGAAACAAAGGAAUGAUAUGGUGUUCAAUAAUGCAGUAGAAGAUGUGGAAGAGAUAGUACACAAUGUAAAGAUGCAUUCCCGGUGGUGGAUGGCUAUUGGAAAUAACAAGAGAAUAGAAUGUUCCUUCUAUGAGUGGUUUAACUUUCCUAUACAAUGUAUGCAAUUGUAA